AGUGUUGCAUGGGGAGUCCUGCAGGACCAGCGCACCUCCAUCAUUGAUGCAGAGGAGGUGAGAGAGGAACAUCCCACUCACUGCUGCGCAAAUAUACUUAACCUGCUGCAACAUCACAAAAGAGCGCAAAGCACCCGCUUUUUCAUUUAUUUACCCGUGAAAACAGCUUUCUCUACGCCUUUUAAGACGUUUGGUUUGGGUAAUGCUGCGGUGGAGAUGCUGAAGUCCAGAUGAGUCGCGUCUCUGUGGUUUAGUUGAGUGUGUGGGCAGAGGAGAUCGUCUUCCGAUCUGGAUUGAACUGAGCGGAACUGAAUCCAUUAAACCUGAUCACAAAGAGAGGAUGACCAUAUCGACAUGGGAGGAUAAUGCCACAGCGGCUCUUUGACUUGUUUUAAUUAGUUUGGAAAUAAAUUGCAAAGCAAAAUAAUAAUAAUCUGGGCAUCUUUAUUCGACGUUUCAAGUCAUAUUAACCGAAUAGCCUACAAUCAAACGCGUGAUUUGAAGUUGAAGAAAUCGUAAAUAAUGGGAAUUUAGCGCCGUCUGACUACUUUUAUAAUAUUUCACAUCUGCCAAAAGGAGUUUUUUCUUUCUUUCAGAAGUAUUAACUUUGGAUUUCCACAAUGGCAAUAAACACCGAUACGGAGUUUGCGAAAUCGAAUCUGGGGGAGAGCGGCGGCACCCAACCAGCCGAGACCGAGAAACUCCUCGUGACCACCGAGCCCACCGGGGUGAAGACCUCCAGCUCCUUCACGGUCAAUGUCGGGGGAGACAAGGAUCUCGACGGGGAUCAGAACGGCCACAGUCUGCCGCUGAGAUCCGGAUCAGAGGGGCAGCUCGGAUCAGCUCCUCUCUCCCCGUCCAGAGUGAGCCUGAGCCACACAUCAUCCACCGGUAAUGCCGCCCAAGAGCAGCAGAAACCCAAAGACUACCUCAUACUGGUCAUUUUUUCCUGCUUUUGUCCCGUGUGGCCACUAAGCAUCGUUGCGUUGGUCUAUUCAAUUAUGUCCAGAAACAGUCUACAGCAGGGGGAUAUGGAUGGGGCGAGACGCCUGGGACGCUUGGCUCGCCUGCUUAGCUGUGUGGCUAUCAUCGUGGGCCUCCUUAGCAUCAUAAUCUAUGUGGUGGUUGCAGUAACUGGAAAGGGGAUUAAGUAAGAAGAGAAACCCAUCUACAGCACUACUGAAAAACUCACACACAACGUAAUUAAAAUAAGUCUCCCUCUUAACAAUAAUGCCACAGAAGUUGAAAAAUAAACGAGGACUGUAGCAUCUAAAUAAGAUCUGAUUAAAUAUCAAAAAUGCAUGCAGUAGGUUAGCAUGCUCAGUGAAAAAAAAAAAAAAACUAAAUCCCAUAUGUUAAAAAGAAUGGUGAUGGCUUGCAUUAUGUAAAUGAGAAACAUUGAUGUUUCGGCAAGAAAUCGCCUGAGAAAGACACAAAGGACGAGGGG